AUGACCAGUCUCUAUGUUGCAGUGAUGUAUUUGGUUGGCUUGACGGGUGGAAUAGCAACUGGAAAAAGUACAGUAUCGGAAAUAUUUAUGGAGAAAGGCAUUCCAGUCAUUGAUGCAGAUUGUAUUGCGCGUGAAGUUGUUACGCCUGGUUCAAGAGCUUACAAGAAAUUACGAAAACAUUUUGGCGAUGAAUACUUUGAUAGUAUAAGUGGUGAACUGCUAAGGAAGAAAUUUGGUGAUUUGGUUUUUGACAACGAAGAAGUGCGAAGUACAGUUAAUUCCAUCACACAUCCUGAAAUAUUUAGAACGAUUGUACGCAGAAUUUUGUAUCAUUUCAUUCGUGGAGAUAAUUUUGUUGUCAUAGGACUUCCAUUACUUUUUGAAGCUGGUUAUGCAAAUUUUAUGCAAAAGAUUGUAGUGGUAGAUUGCAUUGAAGGAGUGCAGCUUGUGCGCUUAAUAAAACGUGAUCAUAUUAGUUUGAAGGCAGCUCGCAAAAGAAUUCGUGCACAGAUUCCGAUGUCUGUUAAACGCCGUUGGGCAUCGUAUAUUGUGGAAAACAGUGGCAGUUUGGAAAAAACACGAGAGCAAGUGUUGGAUUUAAUCCUUCAUUUGCAAGCAUCAAAAUUGCAUCUACUUAUCCGUUUUGGAAUGCUUUUCAUAUUUAUGUUUCUUCUUACCUUAAGCCUUAUGAUUUUAUGGUAG